AUGUCGCUUUUCGGCAAUCUUGGAGGCUCUCAGCCCGCCUCUACUGGCGCAUCCGGUGGAGGACUGUUUGGAACAGCAACAGGCGGAUCAGGCGGUACCACAUCGAGCUUGUUUGGCAACGUGGGUGGAGGUACUUCGAAUGCGCAACCCGGUACGACACAAGCACCAAGCACUGGAGGCUUAGGAGGCGGACUUUUCAGUGGCUUGGGUGGAGCAAAGUCGACAGCGACCACGACACCCUCACUGUUCGCUGGCGCCGGAUCGACCUCACAGCCGCAAACGCAAGCGCAACCGAGCAGCUUCGGCGGACUGUUCAACAAUCCGGCAUCGCAAUCGACGACCAACAAUACGCAACAAACGAGCGGCCUUGGCCAAUCCUCCCUCUUUGGCGCUACCUCAAUCCAGCAGCAACCCCAACAACAACAGCAGCAGCAGCAGCAGCAACAACAACAACAACAACAACAACAACAACAACAGGGCGUGUCUUUGUCUCAGACAAACGCUGGCACUGGUCGCUCAGCCCACUUCGACCAUCUGCUCGAGCGAGGGCGCAAGCGCAAUGCUGGCGAAAAUGGCGGGAACAAUUUCGACGAACUACCGUCCUUGCAGUUGGGACUGGGAGACAUCGCACGGAAAGUGCGCAACCUGGGUGCUGGUGGUCCCUCAGCAGACCAGGUCCAGGACCGCUCCCAGGAUCGCGCUGCACACUACCUGCUUUCUGCCUCUGGCGUGAAGAUGGGCAGCACCCUCCGCGACCUCACCCAAUUCUCCUCGCAGGCCGGUCUCGCUGCACCCGGCCAGGCACAGAACCUCUUUGAUAACGACGUGGACGGCUACAUCUCGAAUCUGCAUUCACAAUCAACCCUGGCACUUAUCCAAGAAGGACUGGAGCAAUCCAAACGCGACUUUGAUACCUUCCUCGAGGACAACGUUCAGAUCGAAUGGGACAAGCAGAGGCAGAGGAUCUACGAACAUUUCGGACUUGGCCGACAGAGCGAAGACAUGGCGGCAUCCCAAAGCGGUGCAUUUGGCAGCACAGCUCGCGGAGCUUUUGGACGCGCAACAGGGCGCAAGGGUCGUUCUAUGGGCCCUAACGGCGGUGCAUCUGUCAAUGGAAGAUCGACCUUUGGAGCAUCUGCUGCUGGACCGCCUGUCCUCGGCGCCUCUCAAAGUGUUCUUGGUGGGCGCGAUUCCACCGACAAAUCUGUCAUGGGCGGACAAGCUGCUCCUCAGGAUCGAUACGCUCGUGACAAGCAAGAGAAAUUCAUGGACGAGGUCAAGAAGCUCAACGAGUCCAGGCUACGUGAGAGCUCAUUCUCAGUACUUCAUGCAUUCUCAGAUGUGGAGAAGGCUGCGGGCACCGAGUACUCAGACCACUUCACAAACGCAUACGGAGCGCUUAUAUCCAUUACUGGCGAGAAGAUCGAACUGGAGGCUUCCAACCCCAGCUCUAACCAGCCGAAGGAGCGUAGUUUCGCCAAAGACUACCUGGACGAACAACCAAACUCUGCUGCCAGCGUACGCAUGCGCAAACGUAUACUUGAUGGUUCUCGAAAGUUCUUGGAAAGCAAGUUCCUGGAACAAGUGGAAGAUGUUCUGCGGAGAAACCCUGCAGAGGCGCUUGUUGGUGGAGUUCCCUCCAUGCUCAACAAGAUCCGAGGCUUCGUACGAGCGAAGUCUGCAUUCAAGGAGCUCGGUGCCGACAGUGAGCUGUUCCAGAGGAUAGGUGAAGCCGGCGAUGAGUUCCCCUGGAUUAUCAUAUUCUUCCUCCUCAGAGGUGGUCUCCUUACUGAGGCUGCUGAAUAUGUACGAGAGAAGAGAAACUUCUUCCAGAACACCGAUAGAAACUUCCAGGCAGCGAUAACUCAGUAUGCCACCGAUCCGGAGCGAAGGCUGAACCCAGAUACGCAACAGAAGGUCGCCCAUACGCAUGCCCAGAGAACUCGCUUGAAGACGCCGGAGGACCCUUACCGAAUGGCCUGCUACAAGAUCGUUGGUCGAUGUGACAUGAGCCAACGCAAUCUGGCGCCAAUCAAAGAGAACAUGGACGACUGGGUAUGGCUGCAGUUUAAUCUGGCCCGUGAAGGUAACCGCGCCGAAGAGAACGCCGGCGAAAUCUUCGGCCUGGAAGAAUUGCGAACGACCAUCAAGGAUAUUGGUCAGCGCCAUUUCAUGAACGACGAAGCUGAGUCUGCAGGCGGCUAUGGAAUCUACUUCUAUCUCGCCACGCUUGCUGGUCUAUUCGAGCCAGCCAUCAACUACCUCUACACCCACAACUAUGUUUCUGCAGUUCAUUUUGCUGUCGCUCUAGACUACUACGGCUUGCUGCGUGUGUCAGAUUGGACGACUGCAGGUGGAGAGAUUAUGACCUUCACUACGCGACAGCAACCACAGCUCAACUUCGGGCGCGUGAUCGGCCACUACACCAGUGACUUCCGUGCCGCACGAGCUGAUGCUGCAGCUGACUACUUGGUUCUGAUCUGCAUGAAUGCGGAUCUACCAGGUGAAGCAGGCCGACAACAGGCAGAGCUUUGCCAUGAAGCGCUUCGUGAACUUGUCCUUGAGACGCGAGAGUUCUCUACAUUACUGGGUGAUGUCAAGUCAAAUGGCGAGACGACGCCCGGUCUCAUCCAGGAACGUGCGCCGUUGCUCAGACUGGACGGCGAGAUGGGCUUGUUGAAUACCAUCACUAGCGAAGCUGCGAGGAUGGCAGACGACAAUGGACGCAUCAACGAUGCCAUCUUACUCUGCCACCUUGCCGGCGAGUAUGACAGCGUCGUAACGAUCCUAAACCGCGCACUUGCCGAAGCACUCUCUGUAGAGCUCGGUCAAGAGCCACUUCGUCUGGAGCCGUUGAAGCCACGGCUGACGCCCGCAGAGUCACAACAACAGCAGCAGCAGCAGCAGCAACGAACUGACCUGACCUCGUCGAGCUUGAGCAUGCUUGGAACAGAUGAUCCCGUCGAGCUCGCCCAAAAGGUUCUUGCAUUGUACGAUCAGAACAGUCUGUGGUGGAGGAGGGUAUCGCAAAUGAACCGUGAUACAGUUGGCAUACUGUUCCAACUCAACAACGCAAAGAAGGUCAUCGAGGCCGGCGACUAUAUGGCAGCACUCGGCCAAAUCGAAAACCUUCGUAUCCUUCCUCUAUCUGCUGGAGGCAACGUCAGCGAUAUUCGCGCUACCGCCAACAGCUUCAACUCUUACCCACAAGAGAUCUCACGCAAUAUCGGCAACGUACUUCUCUGGUGCAUUGGUUGCUGCUCGCGACAUCGUGAGCGUCUUCUGUCCGGACAGUUCGAAGACAGAAUGCGCAAGGUACUUGCGGAUCAGCUGCUGCAGAAGGCGAAGGACCUCAUGGUCUUUGCCGGGUUGAUCAAGUACAAGUUGCCACCGAGGGUGUUCGAGACGCUGGCGCGGGAGGGUCAGGAAGUCGGUGCUUUCUAG